GACAAAUCCUUGCACAAGUGCAACGCCUGGAGAAUCAGCUGCAAGAUCAGACUGUGGAGCACGGGGGCGAACUUGCCAACCUCGCAGCGACGCUACAUAACCUGGGCUAUGCAAAGAUACAGGAGGGAGAAGCUGAAGGCGCCAGGCAGGCCUUGGACUACUUGCAUCAGAGCUUGCAGAUGAAGCGCUGCCUGCAUCAAGGUGCGGACCAUCUGAGCAUUGCUAGAACGUUGCAUGAGCUUGGCCGCGCGAGCAGUAUUCUUGAAAAUCGAGAAGAAGCCCAACGGUACUUUCUCGAGUCUUUGCACAUGAGCCGGUGUUUGGAGGAGGCGCUGCAUGUGGCAGAAAGCCUGUGGCCUGGUUACAUGGACGACUGCUCGGACACAUCGGACACGGACGGAA